GACCGGAAGUGAAGUCGGGGGGAAGAAAAUAAAGAGCGGACAGUUUGAGCUGCGGUUUGUUUUGGAUGUCUGUCUGUUGUUAGUUUAAUCAGACACAGUUUGUUCCGCCGACAGACAGAAAAUAAAACCCGUUUCUGUUUUUAUUCGAAACGUUUAAACCGGAACUCGGUGAAACGGUGAAACAUCGCGGGAGAAGUUGCCCCGCCGCACAGCCUGCUGGGUAAUAUGUUAACGACAGCGCUACGUUGAUUGGACCGCCGCGGCACAUGGAGGCAGAAAGUAAAGACACAGUUUAGUCAAAUAAAGUCAAACGGUGGAUUUACUGAAGAGACGGAAGCUGCCGCAGACAUGUCUGUCUCUCUGUCAGCAGAGAGAGACAGGAUCCAGCGAGAGGUGGAAGAGCUGGAACAGAGUCUGUCUGCAACACAGGCUGAACUGGAGCUGCUGAGCAGCGAGACAGGUGAUGAAUCAGAUGGUGAUGACACGGAGGAGGAGGCGGGGCAGUCUGCAGCAGGUCUGUUGGCUCAGAGAGAGAAGAUCCAGAAGGAGAUCCAGAACCUGGAGAACGUCCUGGGACCACACAGUCCCAUCAGUGUGUCAGAAGAUGAUGACAACAGCAGUGACGAGAGUGAGCUGGAUCUGUCUCUGUCAGUGGACUCGUGUCUUCAGAUGAACCUCGUCUACCAGCAGGUGGUUCAAGCGACCCUGGACCACCUGGAGACACUACUGACACACAACUACAGACAGCAGAAGGAGGUGCUGUCUCAGCUGUCUGGACCGAGCAAAGAGUCUUCCAGGGAACAGCGCCCCCCCCCCUCCUCCUGCCAGCAGCCAUUCAACAUGUUCCUUGGGCGCUUCCUCAAACCGUACUUCAAGGACAAACUGACAGGACUGGGUCCUCCGGCCAAUCAGGAGACAAAGGAGAAGGCUAACAGGAUGACGGGAUGUCUGGACAACAGGAAACUGAAAUUGAAACGAUGGGAGAGCUGGCAGAAGACUCUGUUGAUCCACUCAGUUGCCAGAGACAGUCUAAGGAGACUCAUCCAGCCCAAACUCUCCAAGGUGGACUACCUGAGUCAGAAGCUGUCCUCAGCAGUGGAGACAGACAAGCAGCAGCUCAGACAGCAGAUAGACAGUCUGGAGAGAGACAUCGACCUGCUGAAAGGGAAGAAGGAGGAGGAGCUGAUUGGUGAUCGAUAUGAAGAACACGACUGGCAGAAAAUCUCUAAUAUUGAUUUUGAAGGAACGAGGGAUGCGGAGGACAUCCGUUGUUUCUGGCAGAACUUCCUCCACCCGUCCAUCAAUAAGACUCGGUGGAGUCAGGAGGAGGUACAGCAGCUGGAGGAGGUCAGCAGGAGACACGGAGAGAGACACUGGGAGACCAUCGCCACAGAGCUGGGGACGGGGAGGACGGCCUUCUUGUGUCUUCAGACGUUCCAGCGGUUCGUCUCGGGCUCGUUGAAACACGGCAGUUGGACUCCGUCUGAAGACGCUCAGCUCAGAGAGCUGGUGGACAAGAUGAGGAUCGGAAACUUUAUCCCCUACACACAGAUAAGUUACUUCAUGGAGGGUCGUGACCCCGCCCAGGUGAUCUACAGGUGGAUCCAGGUUUUGGACCCGAGCCUGAAGAAAGGUCCGUGGACCAAACAGGAAGACCAGCUGCUGCUGCGAGCUGUGUCUCUUCAUGGAGAGAAGAGCUGGUGGAGGAUCAGGUUGGAGGUUCCUGGACGCACCGACAGCGCCUGCAGAGACAGGUAUUUUGACUGUCUGAAGGCGGAAACAAAGAGAGGACCGUUUGACCAACAGGAGAAAGAGCUGCUGCUGCAGCUGGUGGAGAAACAUGGAGUCGGUCGCUGGGCGAGGAUCGCUGCUGAGAUUCCCAAUCGUAAUGACGCUCAGUGUCUUAGAGAGUGGAGGAAACUGUCCAGGCCAACUCUACCUCCUCCUCAGAAAGAUAACAAAGCUAAAAAAAAACAAAAGAGUCGCAGAGGAGAGAAGAAGAAGAAGAAGAAGGUUAACCCGGCCAAGAAGGGAAUCAGGAGACGACUGAUGAAACUGAAGGAGGAGGAGGAAGAUGAGGAGGAAGAUGAGGAGGAGGAGGAGGAGAUGAUGGUGGAGUACAUGGACAGUGAUGAAGAGGAGAAGAAGAAUAACAAGGAGGUAGUGGAAGUGGAGAGGACUGAGGAGGUGGAGAAGGAUGAGGAAGAGGAGGAGUAUAUCAUCCCCCCCAUGCAGGAGUGGACUCCAACAGAAAAAGCACAAUGUUUCACCUUCCUGAACUUUCGACCGGUGGAGUUACCUUCAUCUGGAGACGCCCACAAUGGGAAACCUGUCCGGUCAACCAUCCUGGGCCCAUUCGGACGCUCCGUGAUCAUCGGACCACCUCCCAAAGAGCUGCAGUGGGAGAAGCGCCACAGCAGCAGCAUCAUGCUGAUGUUGUCACCUGACCAGCUCCGUGCCCACUUGAAGUCCAGCCCCCGAGGGAAGGUCCAGACCGGCAAAAAGAAACACCUGGGCCGAGUGACGGACGUGGCGCUGGGCUACGAGCUGCAGGCCGCGGUGACGCCGUGGAUCGGCAACCUGUUGAUCCCAGCAAAAACCAGACUGACGGCAGCCGAUGUACUGAGGGAGCAAAGAGAGAAGACCCCGCUCUCCUCAACUCCCGUCUUCCUGCUCCUCCUCCAGACCAUGAACGUGGACACUGUGGGCUGUAAGAGGAUGAUAGAGCAGAGGAGGAACAGGGUGGCGGUGACACCACCUCCGUACCCUUCCUCUGCCCGGAAGUAUAACCUGAAGAACAUUGCAGGACUCCAGCAGAAGAAGGUCAAAGAUAUCCUGCAGGAGUUAGACAUGCAGCACCAACUGAUCCUGAAGCAGCUUCGGGAUCAGCAGCAAGCCAAACAGAACCAGCAACAACUGUGGCUCAAGCAGCAAGUACGUCCACAGCAACUCAUGCUGCUGCAGCAACCUCCUCGCCCGCUUUCGCUGCCUUCUCAGAAUAGCCCAGGUGUUCUUCUUCAGAUGCCUCCUAACGUGCAAACCUCGAGGUCUCCUGUGUCGUUUCCUCAGGCUGUCUUCGUUCCUCAUCCUGUCGUGCAACCUCGCGGUGCCUCCGUCCAGCUCAUGCCUCCCUCUUCCCUAACCACACCCCCUCCAGUUCUACUUAGACCUCCCUCUGCGGGAGUCGUCACUUCUCCGUUACCUGCCCUUCCUGCUCCUCAUAGACUGCAAGUCCCUCCUGUCUCUGUGCUCCCAGUGCCCUUGAAUGCCACAUCUACCUGCUCUGCCUCUUUCCACCGACAAGCUGGACCUUUGACUCAAAACCUCAUAGUUGCCCUGCCCUCUUCCCCUAACCAGCAUGUUUCUAUUGGUUCUGCACUGCCCAGUCAGCACGCUGUUGCCUCCAACUCCAGCAGCCCCGUCUCUUGCAGCAGUCAGAACGGGGUGGAUUUGGGUGGGGCAGGUGAUGGCGUGGAUGGAGCUUGUACAGGUGUGGAUGGGGCAGGUGUGAUCAAGAAAGGAAGGACGAUUCGGAAGAUGAGCCAGAAGCCCAAAGCUCUGCAGGAAGCCACUGACGCCAAGGCUGAAACCAGCAAGACAAACUGCACUGCUCCCAUCCAGCUGGUACCUCUGACUCCUCCCUCCUCCAUGACAACCCCCCCCACGUCUUCUCAAAGACCUCCUCCUGCCGGGGUCAUCUCCUCCCCGCUAACCAAAACUGAAGCACCUUCACACGCUCCUCCUUCAGCACAAGAAACUACACCUCCUGCUCUCAGACUGAAUGUCCCUGGGAAAUCGUCCCCGUUGCCCCAGAACGCCACACCUACCUGCUCUGAUAGGACUGUGUCCUCAACUCAAAACAUCAGUUUAGCUGACUCAGUUCAACCAAGCCCCGCCCCCAAACCCACGCUCUGCAAAUCAGACUCCGCCCCCAACAAGCCACCCAAAGCCCUGCCCAGAGGGAGGAAACGAGGGAGGGGGGAGGAGCAGCAGAGUGUGACAAACAGUCAGGGUGACCAAUGUGUGGGUAGGACAGGUGACGCCGUGGGAGGGACAGGUACAGGUGUGAUCCAGGAAGGAAAGAGGGUUCGGAAGCCGAGUCAGAGGGCCAGAGCUCUUCAGGAAGCCUCUCAGGAAAAGGCUGAAGCCAAGAAGAAGAGAACUUCCUCUCCUCCUAGUAGGAAGCGCUCUCGUACGUCUCGCUCUAAAGAGGAAGUUGUCGUACAGAACCAGCCGGUGACUCAGCUCCCUGGGUUCCGUUUACUUCCCGGUCAGUCGAUGUGGGUCAUGACUCCUGGUGGGCUGGUUCAGCUGGCAGAAACCCAGCUCCAAGGCCUGCAGGUGGCGUUAGUACCAAGCGCCCCCCUUCCAGCUCCUCCAGGGAAUAUUUUAACCGGUCAGCCCCCUCUGCAACUCACCACCGGCUCCCCGCGAUUAAUCGCACCUCAACCCACUGCUGUGUCCGUCCCCGUAAACCUGCCCGGACUGAAUCAGCCACGGCCUCUUCCUGCCCCACCCACCUGUCCCUCCAAGCCCCUCCCCCAACCUUCAUGCUGCAACCUGUCCCAACCUGGCUCCUCCUCUCCGUCCUCCUGUGCAUUCCAGCCUCCCCCCAAACUCUUCCUGCCAUAUAAAGGCACGGUCAGAGGGGAUCCAGUGGCGCCCUCUCUCCUCAGGAAGGAGUCGCUGGAGUUCGACCCCUCCCUGAUGUUCCUAGAGUCCCAAGCGGCGGUGCGUGAUUGGCUGAGCGGUAAAGGAGGGGUGGUGGUACCUGGAAUGGGCGUGGCUCUUCCCUACCUGCCACCCUUUGUCAGCAGUCUGAGCACGCUCAGUGCGCUGCUCCGAGCAAAGAAGUCUCUGACUAGAUCGUCCCUGGAGUUGCUGAGUCAAGGGUCUGAACCCCGACGCCCCCAAACCAAACCCAAAACUGACAGCAACACCAAGACUACGUCCAGUCGGCCUCCUGACCUGCCAGACUCCACCUCUGAACUCAGACCAGCCGCAGACAAACCAGUUCCUCCUGUCAGCUCCAACCUCCUGCAGGAGGAGGAGGCGGAGCUUGUGGUGGCGGUACGUCAGCUGGUGGCGGAGCGUUUCUCCAAUAACCCCGCCUACCAGAUGCUGAAGGCCCGCUUCCUGUCCUGCUUCACUGUCCCCGCCAUGCUGGCUACCGUGCAGCCAAUCACAAAGAAGACUGUGACCCGCCCAGCUGAGGGGGAGGAGCAGCAGCAGCAGGAGGGGGAGGAGCAGCAGGAGGAGGGGGAGGAGGAGGAGCUAAAAAAAAUCAAAGACAGAGGAAGACGAAGGAGAGCCGAGAGAUCUUUGCUGCUGUCUGACAGCUCAGGAGCUCCAGCCAAUCACUUCUCAGGAAUCACCAACACCAACACACCCACCACCGACCAGCCAAGACCAGACCAGACCGGACCAGAUCAGUAGGAGCCAGACUGUCACUGUCCACUGAAAACCACAGACCCAAACGAUGAGUUCACGUGUUCAGUUUCUCGGCUGAAAAAUGUUCCUGUUAAACAUAUUAGCAGUUUGAGUUCGGAAAAGUCGAUCAUUUUAAAAUAAGCGUUUUUCACUGGACACCAACAAAACUCACUUUACAAACAUUUGAACCCACAAACGUGAUGUUUUCGUUCUCAGUUUUUGAGUCUGAGUCAGAUGUUCAUGUUCAGCUCAUGAAUCAGCAGCUGAUUCUGUUUGAGUGUCCUUGAAAAAUCAACAAACAGUCAAAUAGACUUGAAAAAUGUUAAAUCAAGUUUCAGUCUGCAGGUAAGAAAUUAGUUGAAACUAUUUUAAGCUUAAAGGAAGGAAAUCAAUCUAUAAAAUUGAUUAUUGGAAAAAGAUCUGCAGGCACAUGAAGUUAAGUAAAACACUGUUUUUCGAAGUUAAACAGAAUAGUUUGGAGCUCUGUGGUGUGUUCAGGUACCUCAGGAGGAACGUUAAAGUGAUGAAAUUGCACUAAACUAUGUUGUGUUUGCUUGUUGUCUUGUUUAUUUUCUAAUAAAGAGAAGGUUUUGUGAAAUAAA